CGGCCCACAGAUCCCAGUGUCAGCAACCAGGACAGCCAUGACUCGGGCACGUGGGCUGGGCCUGCUGUUGGUGCUGCUGCUGCCCAUGGUCAGCGCCUCUAUGCCGGGCACCGUGGUCAGACUCAACCAGGCAGCGCUGGGCUAUGUGUCUGAAAUCGGGAAAGCUCCUCUCCAGCGGGCCCUGCAGGUCACUGUCCCUUAUUUCCUGGACCGGAGUGGAGAGGUGCUUCAGCCUACCAGGAUCCAGAUUCUGAAUGUCCACGUGCCUCACCUCCACCUGAGAUUCAUUGCUGGUUUCGGGAUACGCUUGCUGGCAGCAGCCAAUUUUACUUUCAAGGUCUUCCGUGUCCCGGAGCCCCUGGAGCUGACGCUGCCUGUGGAACUGCUGGCCGAUGCCCGUGUGGCUCAGGGCUCCAUCGGGACCCCUGUGGUCAGCGUCUCUGCCUGCUCCUCCCUCUUAGGCCGAGUGGACCAGCUUGACAGCCAUGACAGCUCCUCUCGCGCACUGCUGGUCCUGGUGCAGAAGCACAUCGACGCCGUCCUGAGUAACAAGCUCUGCCUGAGCAUUUCCAACCUGGUGCAGGGCCUCAACGUCCACCUGGGCACUUUGAUCGGCCUCAACCCUGUGGGCCCCGAGUCGCAGAUUCGCUACUCCAUGGUGGGUGUGACCGUCACCAGCGACUACAUUUCCCUGGACAUCAGUGCUCUUCUCUUCCUGCUGGGCAAGCCCAUUGUCCUGCCCACCGAGGCCUCUCGCUUCGUGCUGCCGCGGCACGUGGGCACCCAAGGCACCAUGGCCACCGUGGGCCUCUCCCAGCCCCUGUUUGACUCUGCACUCCUGCUGCUGCAGAAGGCUGGCAGCCUCAACCUGGACGUCACGGGGCAGCUGGACAACCCACUGAACACCUCCACCCUGGGCCGGCUCAUCCCCGAGGUGGCCCGCCAGUUUCCUCAGCCCAUGCCUGUGGUGCUCAAGGUACGGCUGGGGGCCACGCCCGUAGUCACUCUCCGCACCAACAACGCCACUCUGCGGCUGCAGCCCUUCGUGGAGGUCCUGGCCGCGGCCUCCAACUCCGCCUUCCAGUCCCUCUUCUCCCUGGACGUGGUCGUGAACUUGCGCCUCCAGCUCUCUGUGUCCAGGGUGAAACUUCAGGGCACCACGUCUGUGCUGGGGGAUGUCCAGCUCUUGGUGGCCUCAUCCAAUGUGGGCUUCGUUGAUACGGAUCAAGUGCAUGCACUCAUGGGCAGUGUAUUUGAGAAGCCCCUGCUGAACCACCUCAAUGCUCUCCUGGGCAUGGGAAUCGCCCUCCCCAAUGUGGUAAACCUCUACUACGCCAACCCCGAGGUUUUUGUCUAUGAGGGUUAUGUGGUGAUAUCCAGUGGGCUCUCCUACCAGCGUUGA